AUGCAAUUCCAUUUCACUAUUUACCCCCUGCCAGAAUACCAGACCAAGCUGAUUUUUUUGUGUUCUGAUCAUGAUGAGAAACCGAAGCUCUUCUGUGAGACGGACCAGAAGCUGGUUUGCGUGAUCUGCAGGGAUGAUGAGAAGCAUCGGGGACACGAGUUCAAACCCAUCGAGGAGGCUGACAGUUGUCACAAAACUGAGUUGAACGGUGCCUCGAAUUUCCUGCUGCAAGACAACAGUGCUAUGGACAGCCUGUCCAAACUACGGGAUUUGGAGAUUAAGAACACUCAAAGGGAGGCUUACCGUGCGGAAAGGCUGCGGGCUGAAAUCCACAGCCAGGUUGAGGAGAUGCAUUCGUUUCUGAGCCGAAAGGAGAAAGAGGUCGCCGAGGAGCUCGAGGGGAAGGAGGCAGAUGCCCUGGAGGUCGUGAAGGCAAACGAGGCCCUGAUCGAGAGCAGGCUGGAAACCAGGAAGAAGACGGAGGCGACCCCGCUGUCCGCCUUGGACAUCCCUGGAGCAGACAGCUUCCUGCAGUGGUGGAGUGAAGAAGGGCACCUUUUCAUGUUGGAACUCAAGGAAACAGACGAUGGGAACAGAAAAAAACAGUUGUAUGAGUCGCGAGCGAAAGACCUUUGGGUUGCCACUGACUCCUUCUCCCUGGGUGCUUAUGAGACUCAGCUGCUGUACUUCAUGUGGAAGGAGAUGCUGAGGAUCAUAAGAUCAGGUCCUGAGCGCCUCACUCCGAAGCCGAAUGACGACCCCUACCUGAAACCGUGUGCGGACGGCUCCGGCGUCCGGCAGCUCGACAGGCAAAGCGGCUAUUUGUUCAAGACCAAGGAACCUGCAGCCGACUACAGGGGCACGGCCGUGAGCGAGGAGACCUUCGGUACGGGCCAGCACUACCCGGAGGUGGAUGUCAGGAAGAAGUUAGACUGGGGCGUAGGCGUUAAGGGAGGCGAGACGGAUCAAAUAAAGGUUAAAGAGGAAAAGCAGCUGUUUCUGAAACAUGACAAAGGCUACGCUUUCACUGACAACGGCACCGAAACAGCUGUGAAUCCGAGCGUCAAACCUAGGAAGACGGGGCUCUACCUGGACUGCGAGUCCAAACGGGUUUCUUUCCACAGUGCAGACACCAUGAGCCUCAUUCACUCGGCAAACUGCAGCUUUUUCCCGUCCUCUUGCCGAGAUUAG